CUCAAUCGCCCAAGAUGCCCGCCAAACGCAACGCCCAACAAUUCCCCGCAACACCACUACAACAACCCGCUACCGUCCCCGCCUCGAGCGUCACAUCCUCUACCACGCAACCCCGAACCGUCACGUCCAAAACCUUCGAGAACAAAUCUGCUCUCUCGUCGAAAAAGGCCUCGGCUUCUCUGAAAGAUUUCCCGACGAUUCUCCAAGGAGUCUGGGAGAACUAUGUUCAACACACCCCCCAGCGCGUCAAGCUGAUUGACACGUUUUUGGGAUUUCUACUGGUCGUGGGAGUUCUGCAGUUUGCGUAUUGUGUGUUGGCGGGGAAUUAUCCUUUCAACGCCUUCUUAUCAGGCUUUGGUGCGACAGUGGGACAGUUUGUUCUCACUGCUUCGUUGAGAUUGCAGACCAACCCGGAGAACAAGGCUGAAUUUGAGGGAAUGAGUUAUGAGAGAGCCUUUGCGGAUUUCGUCUUUGGAAGCCUGAUUCUACACUUCUUCUGCGUGAACUUUAUCAAUUAAAUAAGAGGGGGGAAAGGAGACAAGGAAGGACCGGAAAUGGGGAUAUGGAGACACAAGAGUCGAGGGGUCGUAUGAGCUGGCUCGAAGGUUGUCAAAAGCAGGAUGAAAUUAAAUGGCUUGAUGGCGGGCAUGACAAGAGCGGAG